AUGCAGUUACGCUAUCAACGAUGGGCAAAGCAUUUGGAUCUUAUCCAGAAAUGUAGGAUCCCUCGUAGGAUAUUGCAUGGAACUUUCGAAAGGGCCAGUUUACAUAUAUUUACAGAUGCAUCGGCUCAUGGGUAUGCCUGCUGUGCCUUUCUACGAUGUGGAGAAGAGGAAGAAGUGAGAGUCUCAUUAGUUUCAGCAAAGGCUAGAGUAGCUCCUCUUCAGAGACCAACAGUUCCACGAUUGGAGCUUUUAGGAGCCGCUAUUGGAGCUAGAAUUGCUUCAACAUUAUUAGAAACAUUUAAUUUGCCUUUAAAGACGUAUUUUUGGACAGAUUCCAUGAUAGUUCUGGGAUGGAUUACUAAAACAGAACCCUGGAAUACGUUUGUAGGUAACAGGGUGAAAGAAAUACGAGAACUUACAAACACAGAAGAUUGA